AUGUGGUUCGAGAUUCUUCCUGGGAUGGCCGUCAUGGCCAUGUGCUUGAUCAUCCCUGGGGUGGCCGCUGCGUGCAUCCACAGGUUCACCAAUGGGGGCAAAGAAGAAAGGAUUGCCCAUUAUUCAUAUCAGUGGAGUUUGAUGGAAAGAGAUAGGUGCAUCUCUGGAGUUAAUCGUUACUAUGUGUCAAAGGGUUUGGAGAACGUUGAUUAA